AACGAAUCACUGCAUGUAUUUCUCUCGAGUUGCCGCCACAUGCGCUGAGCCGGUCCUCCGAACCGAUUACUAUAAAAGCCUUGAUCUUUCUCAGACAGCAGUAACUCCCCCCAAAUCUUGUUAGAACUAUGGCCCCCUUCCCUACCCCCGUGAUCCACUCUAUGGAGACCUUGAAUAAAGACCUGCCGCUCCGCCAAUUGUACCCCGAGAACAUCUACCCAAACGGUGACUACUAUCCAUCACCUUAUGGUCGAGUAAGGUAUUGGAUUGUCGGCCCAGAAGACGGAAAGAAGGUCGUCCUCAUUCACGCCAUGUCCAUCCCCAGCAUCGUUUGGAAGGACAUUCAGGCGGAGCUCGUAUCCAAUGGUUUUAGGGUUCUGAUGUAUGAUGUCUAUGGCCGUGGUUAUACAGAGGCACCUAGGCUAGCCUGUGACCCCAACUUGUGCAUUAUGCAGCUGGCACUUUUGCUACAAUACCUUCGUUGGGACGCAGCUGACGUCGUCGGCUUCUCGAUGGGAGGCGCAAUUGCCGCUUCUUUCGCUGCUAUGUUCCCUCACCUUGUCAACAAGAACAUUGUCUUUCUGCCGGCCGCAGGACUAAUGGAGGCACGUGCGCAGACACCUGAUAAAGAACCACUGAAUACGAGUAGGGAAGUGCAGCUUGACAGCGCACAGAUAGCCAUAUAUCUCCGGGAGCAGCAGUCUCAACAUCUCCCAGGAUUUAACGAUGUCUUGCAGUCGACCUUGAAUGACGGUCUCAUUACUGGAGUCCAGUGGGCAUACCAAAAGCUCGGAAGUAUGACCGAGAAACACUUCCUAAUUGUCCAUGGCACCGCCGACAAUGUUGUGCCAUAUUCGGAGGCAGUCAAGAUUCACAAACUUAUUCCGCAGGCGCAGCUGGUUCCUCUCGAAGAUGCGAGCCAUUUUGUGCCUCUGGAAGAAGGCUCUUGGCAAAAGUUCGUCGACAGCCUAGUCAACUUUCUUAUGUGAAGCACGAGACCCGCGGAAUAUGCAAGAAUAGAUGGUACGUAAGCAAAUGUUGUAACGUUGUUCAAUGAAAUGUAUACACCGAGGAAACUCCACCGUUCGAGCGUACAUGCAGUUGUCUGGACACAUCAGUGCGAGUCAAUGCGCUGCAGGAACGUUGUGGGAUGGGAAGAUCUUGCCUCCACUUCGAAUAUGGCCGGGUCUUGGUGGCGUUGAUGUCAAUGAACCGAGUGGAGAAGGUUCAAUUGCGCAACCACGCACAACACUCCGUGCUUCCUCGUGCUUACUACUUACUUCAGCGAGGAAGGGGUAGAGCAGGCUAUUCGGCACCAAGAUUUUAAUCGUGAGAUCUGCCCAGCUGCGAUCCAGGUCGCGAGCCCCACGCAGAAGGGAGAUGCACCCGGGUCCAUUUGAAGUCUCCUAGUAACUGGUACUAGACAACAGCCCUCGACCAGUCAACUCCAUAUGGGCUGUAAUAGACCAAUAAGACCUUUUAUACAACACCAUGCUC